GGGCCGCGACUGUCAGUGGGUGCGAGUCUGCGAUACCAGCGAGUUCAGCGCUGUACGGCCCGGCUCUACCUCUCUCGAUCUCACUGUGUGCGACGAACGAAAACAUUUCAGCCGACGGAGCUUCGACACACGCGCGCCUGCGUUCCUCCACCGCGAACGCUCGUUCGAUCGGCCUCGUCCUUUCGUCGUCCGAGUGUGCUCUCUCUCUCUCUCUCUCUCUCUCUCUCUCUCUCUCUCUCUCUCACUCUCUUUCUCCCUUUCUCUCUCUCUCUCUCUCUCUCGCCGACCUCUGUUGUUCGCGAACAGAAAUUGAUUUGCCUGUCAUCGAUGCGAGAACAAGGCGGUGUGUAGCAGAGCUCGCCCGACACCGGCACGUGUGCAGUGCGACGUUUCCUUCGCCAAGGCUCGCACAGCAAGCGAGAAGAGAUCGUCCACCAGUAGCUAGUUCAACAGUCAUCACGACGACCAGAAAGAAGCAGCAGCGAGGCAGCUCCCGAGGCAGAACUGUGCUCACUGCCGCGGGACACGGCGGCCAGAAAACGAUGGAGUCCGCCUCUGGCGCCACUGCCGCUAGCUGUCAGGUCAAAGGCUGCAAAGCGAACAAGAGGUCGGCCAAGCACCACGACAGCUACAUCGCUAAGGAGAACAACAACCUCAACUCAUGCAGCGACGAGGAGAACGUCGACGAGCAACCGCAGAAGCACAGCAGCAAGAAGAGCCAGUCGCCCAAGUCUACCCACAAUAACAAUAACAGCAGCAGCAAUGCGAAGAACAACAACAAUAACAAAGUCGGCAGCAAGUCGAGCUUCGGCGGCAGCAAGUCGCCGAGCAAGCCAACAACCCCAGAUCUCACUUACAGCAAGGUCGUGAGCAACAGCAUCCUCGCCAACUACGACUGCAUCAAGAUUCCACCCAUCAGCAUCCCCAGUAUCAGCGUGCCAAUUGUCGGCAGCACUCCGCUCAUCGCGACGACGACAGACAGCAGCAACAGCAGCAGCAGCAGCAGCGUCAGCGCGGACGAGCAAGACAAUGUGAUAAACGAGGAAAGUAACAAGUUGGCUCAGCAGCAGCAGCAAAUUGUUGCGGCCGCCAACAAUAAUAAUAAUGAGAAGAAGACUGCAAUCAACAACAACAACAACAACAACAACAACAACAACAACAACAACAACAACAACAACAGCAACAAUAACAGCAACAACAACAAGGACGCGGAGGCCCAGCAGAGGCGGGCGGUCCUGUCGUUCGAGCAGGUCUGCCGACUAAACGACGUGAUGAACGAGGUGGUGAGCAUACACGGUCGCGGUAACUUCCCCACGCUGGAGGUGAGGCUGCGGGAUCUGGUGACAGUGGUGAAAGGCAAGCUCGAGGCCGAUCCGAGCCAAGGUGGCGCGGGCAUGCGGGUCCGCGACAUCAGACUGAACGGGGGCGCCGCCUCGCAUGUGCUCGCCACCGAAUCGCAGCCCUACAACGAUCUCGAUCUCAUAUUCGCCGUGGAGCUGUCCAGCGGGCGCAACUACGAUAAGGUCAAGGCCGCGGUGCUCGGUUCCCUGUUCGAUCUUCUGCCCGAGGGCGUAUCGCGCAAGAGGAUCACCACCUGCAGCCUCAAAGAGGCUUACGUCUCCAAGAUGGUCAAGGUCAGCAAUGACGGUGACCGCUGGAGCCUGAUAUCGCUUGGCAACUCGCGCGGACACCGCAACGUCGAACUCAAGUUCGUCGACUCGAUGAGGCGCCAGUUCGAGUUCAGCGUGGACUCCUUCCAGAUAGUCCUUGACUCGCUGCUGCAGUACCACCAGGAGCGGCAGCAGCAGCAGCUGCAGCUACAGCAGCAGCAGCAGCGCGAGCAGGACCAGAAGGAGGACUCCUCGGCCGAGUUGAACGAGAGCUCGUAUCCCGAGGUGGUUGGUGAGUCGGUGUACGGCGACUUCCACGAGGCGCUGUACCACCUGCAGAAGAAGCUGAUCUCGACGAGGCAUCCCGAGGAGAUCCGCGGCGGUGGACUGCUCAAGUACUGUAACCUGCUGGUGAAGAUGUACAAGCCCGCGCAGCCGGACUAUAUCAAGACCCUGGAGCGCUACAUGUGCUCGCGCUUCUUCAUCGACUUUCCCGACAUCGGCCAGCAGAAGGCCAAGCUGGAGAACUACCUGUGGAACCACUUCGUGGGCGCCGAGGAGGAGGCUCUGAAGUACCAGUACCUGAUGCUACUGCACAGCGUGGUCGAGGAGUCGACGGUGUGCCUGAUGGGCCACGAGCGGCGGCAGACUCUGGCGCUGAUCGAAUCGCUGGCUUACCAGGUGCUCUGCCAGGAGCAGCAGCGGCUGACCAAUCACCAGGCGCCUGCGCCGGCCUACCUCUACGCCAACGGCUACUACUACGCCCCCGUCAUACCCACGGCCUGCUACACCUGCACCUGCAACUCUUGGAUGGCCUGCUCGUCGUGAUGCGCCGAAUACAGCGCCCACUCUCGCACUCGCACGGGCGAGGGCUAGACAUCCACGAGCUCACGCUCUGUUCUCAUUAUGUCAUUGCACAUCAACGCCAGCGUCGCGCCUCUUUCUGAUGGAUUUGCCGAUGAUGCUUGCGCGACGCCGUCUACACAUCACACCCCAUCUAUCGACGACCACAGUAUAACAAGGCAGUUCUUUUUAUCUUUCUUUUCUUCUCUUCUCGACUCGCGUGGAUCACAUGUAAAUGCUCUGAGUUGGCCAUCCUUCAUUAUUAAAUGUACUACUGUUGAACGAGAGACAGAGCCGUGACUCUUCAGACGCGUACACACACACGCACACAAAUUAUAAGAAAGUACACUGACACGCAUACACACACGCGCGCGCUGAAGCAAAUUGAAGGCUCGAAGAAAAAAGACUUUUUUAAACGACGAUAAUGGGGGAGCAGUGCGCACGAUGAUGCGCGUCCGUGGUGUGUCUCUUCGCUCUUUUUUCGUCAUGACUUAUAUGAUGAUUACUUAAACUAUACGACGAGCCAACAAUCACGACGACAACAGAUUAUACUAUGCUGCUGAUAUCAUGUAUCUAUUGUUGCUAAUGAUGGUGAUGCUGCCACACUUCAUGGCAAAUUUCUCUCCUCUCGGCGAUCAAGAAAAAGAAGAAGAAGAACAACAAACCAUCUUUUUUCAAAUCAACAGGUGCUGUGCUUAAAAAAAUAAACAACAACAAAAAAUGAAUUGUCUGUGCGCGACGAGAAGAGGAUCGACGGCCAUAAGUAUGUAUAUCGCGAUGCGUUUCUUUCUCAGCAAAAAACAAAAAGAAAUGUAAUAUGAUAAUAACGUUGUGUCGCGCUGUAAUAUGUUAUAUCUUUCUCUGAUAAUCAUUCCUAUAUACGUAUAUAUGUGGGAAUUCGACCGAUGAUGAUUAUGCGAAAAUGUAUGAGUGCACUCACAAACACAGACGACACAUACGUUGCGUACUACGACACACUUGACAUACAGAAACCAAAAGAGAUACGAGUAAAAUGUUAUUAUAGUGUUUGUGCGAAGGAAAGAGCGAUACGGAAUCAAGAUUCACAUUUAUAGAUAUACAUAUAUGAGGCGUUGUGCAUUUUUGCAAUUUAAAAAAAUUAUUAUUACCCUUCUGGAUUCGAUGAUGAUUGAUAUUUCGGCGGGGAAAUUAAAAUCCACUAUACACGCAAGUAUACUUUAAUUAAUUAUUCGAUUAAUUGAUAUGUGUGGCUGUGAUAAAAAGCAAGCUCUUCUUUUUCGUUUUUUUUUGUUCGUUAAAAAAAGAAAACAAAAUAAAUCUUGGAAUCCUUACGAUGAUGUUGACAUGUUACGCAGAAUUUAAAAAAAUAUAUAAAUACGGUUAAUCUUCAGGAAUAAUGCGAUAAUUAUUGAUGUAAAUUCGAGGAAAAUUUUAAAAGUAUCAAUAUGUAGACACGAGUCAUAUUUGAAAAUGGAAAAGAAAAUCAAUUGACGAGAGGUGCAGACAAGUCAAGAACAGCGAAAAAAAAGUAUAAAUUCCGUACUUAAUCAAGCACGAGGCACUCAACUCGUGUGCUAAUCCCCGUACGGGAAGCGAAGCGACAUAUAUAGAUCUCGCACAUGCCAAAUUACGCUUUCUUUUUGUUUGUUUUUUCUUUUUUUACAAAAAAGUGUGUUACCCGCAGGGAGAGAGGGGCGGGGGAGGGGGGGGGGGCGGAGAAAGAGUAAGAGUACAAUGAACCUGUGCGCCGCGUGUGUCAAGUGUCACGGAUAGCGCGAGUAUACACACACACACACAUGCGCAAGCGCGUGCGAACUAAGAAAAAUUCGCAAGCAAGCUCUCGCGCUGCGCUGCUUGCCAGUACUCGCGGAUCGAUAUCGAGCGGUGACCUCUUUCCCGGACUACUCUCACUUCUACUGUAUGUGUGUACUGCGCGCGCAAAAGCCUCUUUUAACCUUCGGAUAAUACAACUGCUACAACCAUCGUUAUACCAAUUACAAGUUGCUCUCGGUUUUGGAUUUUCUCGUUGUGCAUGGUUUGUCUUGUCAAAAAUUGAUCUUUAAAACGGUUAUUAUUUUUUAUUACUUCUGGUGCAUUGCUUUUUAGUUUCAUACAAAAGAAACGCGUGAAAAAAGGUGUGUGUAUGUGUUCGCGCGCGUGAAUUAUAUUAUCAGUUGAUGUAAUCGAGUGACGAAAGUUACUUGCGAGAAAGGGAAAAAUCGUUGCAAGUGACUAUGAUGUUUACUAUACAUAUACGCUUCUAUGAUUUUUAUUCGUGUACACUCGCGGCGACAGCGACGACGACGAUCCUAUCGCACGAUUAUCGUAAUAUGUAUCUACAUAUGCGGGUUGAACGCGCAUCGGUUGAACUUUUUAUUUUCUCUUUCUAUUGCGACCGAACUCGACUAACGAAAAAGAUAAAAUGAAAAAAAAUUGAAAAAAUUAAAAAUUUAAAAAAGGUGACAUAAAAAAAAACUUUUAAAAAAUGGAAAAAAUUAGACUGAUGAGAGACUCAAAUCGGAGUUGAAUGGAUAGCUUGCGUGUUACGUUAUUUUUUGUGAUUCGUUUUAUCGCGAAUGAGGAGAUGCGCGUUAUAUAAUACGAAAUUAAAACUUAGCGAAAGUAGUGCGAAAAUGAAAAAAAAUUAUUCCGUUGAGAUGUCACGUCUAAAGUGUUCACGAGCACUUGACGGAGCAAUCGAAUAUCGACACAAAAAAAGAUUAUUUUGAGCGUGAUAUGUAAUUAAUUAUAUUAUACAGUAAAAAGCUUUAAUAUAAUCGAUAACAAAAAAUUACUAACAAUUAAGUUUUAAAGAAUACGAGCGGGUAAAGUCGCUUUGCGGUCGCUUACGGGACGGCGUAAAACAGACGAAUAACGUUAGUAAAACAUAAUAGACUGUCUUUCAAUGAAAAAAAAGUAAAAAUAUAACGUCGCAAGACAAACUCUUAUUACGUAAAAAUUGAGUAUAUAUACUACACAAAUAUACAUAAUUGAACGUGUUUGAAAAAUGAGAAAUGCGUUUCCUUUGCUCCUCUUCUUUUCAUUGACUGGUUUUUAUUGUCUUUCCGUAUAGUAAAAGCGUAAUAAGGUAGCUUUGAUUUGAGAUCGCUAUGUAAUCAUGUACUCAAGAAGGACGAACGCCCGAGAUAACUGAGAGAGUGAGAGUGCGUACGUAUAUAUUUAUGAGAUAAUAAAGUGCGAACGAGUGAAAGAGUACAAGAGGAGAGACAAAAAAAUUUCUUUUGCGAUAUGAUUUAUGGGAGGGAGAGAAAAGAAAAGACAGAAAAAAAUACAAUGGUCCAGCGCGAUAAUUUAGCGUAAUGAGUAAUAAUUUACCAUGAACACGAGAAUGAAAAAAUAUGUUGUAGCGAAUACCAUGCAUAACGACCGCAUCUCAUUACUGUUAUAUACAUAUACUUUUUAUCACAAGCAAAACAAGUAAAUACAAUCAAGCAUCACUAAUAAUUAUCAAUAUAUUAUAUGUGUAAUGCUUAAACGAAUUAUAAUGUAAUACAUGAUAAUUGAUAGUAAAGCUCUGUAAAAGUGUAUAAGACUAUCGUCUAGUUAGCUUCAUUAAUGAAACAAAACAAAAAAAUCAAGUACCUAUUGAAUUAUUUGAUAAAAAAAUAGUCCUUACGAGCGAGGGCAAGACUAUACACUAUAUAGAAUGAUUUUUAAAAGUUAUUAAGAAAACAAUAAUGUACAUAUUAUUAUUAUCAUUAUAACUACUAUUAUUAUUAUUAAUAUUAAUUAUAGUACAUGAAACUCAUACGUCAUGUUGUAGAACGAAACAUUAAGAUUUAGUUGCGCUCGCCACUCUACUGCUAUACACUUACCUACUCAAAUACACACUUACGCAAAACAAUACAUGGAACACAUUAUACAAGAAUGUAGAAGAAUUUUUAAUCUGAAAUACGAACAGAAGAACGAAGGCAACAAUGAAACCAUGCAAUAAAUAUUGUGCGCAAAUGAAAAAACUACCGCGCGUAGCAGUGGAUCUUUCGUUUGCGCAAAAACGUUUGCUCUGCUUUUCAUUGCUUCAUCUUUCUUUCUUUCUUUCGUUUGGCAAGCAUCGAGGAAUGAUUCCUACUGGUGAAAAAAAGUCAAGUAAAUACAGAAAUUCACUGACAUUAUUGGUGGAUCUUCAUUCUCCUUGUGAUAAAACUUAGUUUUCGUUUACUUUUUGUGCAUCAGGGGUAUCGUUCUCUCGAGAUUCAUCACACUUAGGAUAAAUACGUAUAUGCGUAUGGAAUACAGUCAUGAAAAUAUACACACGCACACUCACACAUUUUCGUAAAGAAAGUGAAUGAAGGUGAAUAUGAUCGAUAUCGAAUAAGUAGAGAGAGCGCAAGGCAGAAAAAGACUUGAAAACUGUUAAGAUUUUCUUUUUAUUUUCUGGAUGAUGACAAGUAAGUUAUUCAUGAUAAAAACGUAGUACCACAACGAUACGAUUCACGUUACGUUUAUACUUUUGAGAUGAUAUCGAAAAUCUUUUUCGCAACCAUGUGCUUUCUUUUCUGCUGUUCUUUUUAAUGCGACUGUCAAGUUAUUAUAAUAUUGUUGAAUGAGAAAUAAUGUUGUUACGAUGACCAUUUGACGUCGUUAUUGAACAAAAAAAAUCAACUUUUUGCUACAUACACUACUGUGAACCGUAUUUUUUAACUAAAUGAUAAAAAACAAAACAUUUGUUACGAUUCUAUAUUGUACGAAAACUCUGUACGGUUAUUUUCAUGAUAUACUUCAGUCGGUGACUACUCGAAGAUAAGGCGCCUAGUGAAAACUUGGCUUUGUAAGCUCACGUACACACAACACAUCCCACUCUUGUAAAGAGACAAGGAAGACAAAGAAAAAAGAAAAUUAGCUUGGAAAAAUUCUUUGCACUACUCGUAGAGACGUAUUAUAGAUAAUACUACAAUAUAGCAAAAAUCGUCAAUAUUGUUUCAAAGAGAUUCGUAGUCAAUGUGACGAAACUUUUUUUCAAAUGGUAACGAGUGAUUUUUCUCUACAGAUAGUAUGACUUAAUACCAAAGUCAAAGAACGGUAGUAUAAAGAGAUUUUUUCCGUUAAGCCGGUUUUUUUUGUUUCAUUUGGCGAGGACUUCUUUUCCUUUGCUCAUGUUGCCGAGAACUGUUUUUAUUUCUGAUUGUUUUGCCCGUCGCAUAUAUUAUAUUAUAUAUAAAUAUUAUAAUUCGCGUAAUUACGUACGAGAUAUCCGUCGAUUUUUACGCCGGCAUUUAUUUACAUCGAUUUAUUGUGUAGCCAUGUGUAAACGAACGUGACGUUUUAUUUAAUCACGGCAUUGGAAAAAAAUAAUAAUAAUCGUAAUUGACAUCCGUUAGUUUUCCCAAAAGAGAAAAAAAAUAUAUAUAUCGCAGAUUUUAAAGACAAAGAAGAAAAGGAACCUAAAAGAGGAAGCGACCAAAUAGAAUGAUUGUCGCGACCGAUUUGUAGCAUUGUACAAUCUACUCACACUUUCGUAUCAAUGUUUUGCUGCUAAUCGCAAAAUAUACAAGGAUAAACUGUGAAUCGCAGAUUAUUAAAGAUUUACAAAUUUCAUAUUGAUAAAGCGCGCGUAGAUGAUGAGAUGAUAGAUUUUUAUCGAUUCCCCGCUAUUAUACAGCGUAUAGAAGUAAUGAAAGAAAAACAAAAUAAAGACAAUUGAAAUGUUGAAAUCUUAUUAGUCGUUUAUUUAUCCUGCGAAAGCUCUUGAACAGAGAUAUCAAAUGAAAUUUAAGCAAAGUUAACGAUGAUGAACAAAUGCUGGAUGCUGAAGAAGACGCUCGAAGGGAAACGAAGACGACGAGGAAAAAUUCUAUUAUAAAUUAAGUAUAAGUGGGCCCCGAUCCGGUUGAUUUUUUUACUUCUCUGACUUGCCCAUCAAUAUAUAUUCCCAUAUAAAGAAAUGUUACAAUAAAAAAAAAUAUAAAAAUGGAAAUAAAUAUCGUACAUAAAUACCAACCCAAACA